AUGAGGUAUCGUGUUGACCUCGUGUUCCUAACCUUGAUAGCGCUGGUAAUUGGCAAUACGUUUAGCGACGAGAUAUCGGCUGAAAAUGCUGAAGUUCCUACACAUUCCGACAAUGCUAUCGCCACAAUCGACAAGAACACACGCAGUUUUGUGGCCGCGACUCGCGGGUCAGCCUACUCCCUGACUUUGACGACGUUCCUGACUGAUGCUGCACAUUUGCACUAUGCGGUACUUCCUGCGGGUCAACCGACGCUGGAUGCAGCCGGUAUCAAGACUGCGGCGGCCCAGUGUCGCUUGGAUGUGGGUACAACAAAUGAUGUACGACCGGGCAGUGCAGUAUCGAGAGUGCAGGAUGCGGGUGUUGUGGCUGCAGAAACGGUCACGGUGCCCAAGGCCCAAAAGGUGGCUCCGGGCGAUGGAGAAGUUCGAAGUGAGGUGAUUAACUUUUCAGGCAAAGUGCGUACUCAUGCGCUCGCACCAGAAGUGACAAAACUGGUCAUCGCGUUGUCUGAUGUUUAUGCGGGGACGGGAACGGCAACUCGCAGUACAGACGACAUCAGCGCGCUGAGAAAUACUACAAUCCGUGGAAAAUUCUCCAUGCGCAACUUCUCGAGCGUCGAGGACUUCCAAGCAGGUCUCCAGGAAAGUCACCACGCGAACAUCACGGGACUGCAAAGCGGCACUUUGUACAAAGUGAAGCUGCGUGCAGAAACUGCAGGGAGCAACGGACUCUUCGGUCUUCGUGAGUUCACAGCAGAGGCCACGACACACCAAGUGCCGCCCCGUAUCCUGGCUGCUGCUGUCCAAGCUACCAAUAAAAGUGUGGAUUCCCUUACUCUCGUGGUGGAUUUGGAGCAGCAACAAGGCAAUGUUCACUAUGUCCUCACCGGUAAAAGUGGAGCUGCUGGCAGUCUUCGUGGCGUGUUCCAGCAAGCCACAAGUGUGGAGCAUCUUCACAGCCUACUGCGAGACCGAUCACCUCGUGACUUCGAAGAGAAUGCCUACAGGACUGGAGUGGUUGCCUUCAUCUCGGAGGAGAAAGUCUCUGUCUCGGAUACUCGCAACCCGAAUGUUGCGGGGCCCGGGAAACCGGAAGAAAAAGCAGAAGUGGAAGCGUUCAGGCAACAAUUUGAGAUCACGGGACUUGAAGACGCGACGUCGCACUUUGUUGUGCUGCUUCCAGAAACUACCAAGAGUUUUGGUCUAUUCGGUCGUCCUUUUACCUCUCUACUGGAAGCCCACACGAACGAAAAUGCCUCGGAGAUUGAGCUGCUUUCAGCCAAGCCUCUCCACGGGAAUACUACCGCCGUCCAGCUCGAAGUAAGCAUGACGAAGCCGAAAGAUGUUCUCUUCUUGUGCCUCAACUCGCUGUUUGCAGCGGACGUUCCGGACGUGGGUUUGGAUAGUUGCCGAGAAGUGGACAGGGCCAGCUUGGAGACUUCAAGAGUAUCCCCCAACGUCCUCACCUUUACUGUCGGAAAUCUCAGCGAAGACACCGAGUAUCAUGUCGCGCUGUACGCUGAGAACUCUCUUCGCAACGGCGUAGUAAGCGAACGGAGCGCAGAGCAGUCGGUACGAACAUACAAGAGCGCACCGCGGGUCAUUGAGACGUCUGCACAGCCUACAGCUGCUUCAUCAUCGCAGAUCGACGCACAAGUUAUAGUGGAGCCAGAUUCCUCGUGCAUAGUCCACUAUGUUGUUCGUGAAGCGCAGGAUUCCAUGGCGACUGAGGCACAGAAGCCAAUGGAUGCGGCUACAAUUGUAGAGCAUUCCUCCAGUAAGGAUACUCGUUCCCAGCUCCAGCAUCGACUACCGUCAUCCUCUUCAUCUUUCGUAAGCGGUGGGAACGUAUUUACCGAGUCUGGUGCUGCUAAUACGAGCUUCAAAGUUCAAGAACUGCGUGCCAAUACGACGUAUGAAGUUCUCGUCGUAACGGAGACGAGUCGAGACGGAAACAGUAGCGGAGUCCUCGGAGAGCUCGUGACGUUCAAUGUUUCAACGCACGCUUUAGCUCCUAAAAUCGUGCUGGCAACUGUGGAUCCUAUUGAUGGCAGCACCGACAGCGUCGUUAUUACUGCCAAUCUAUCACACCCUGGAAUGCUUCACUACUUCCUCAGCGACGUCGACUUCGCAGAUCCUGCAGUUAUCAGCCACAGCAACGAGGCGAAGCGCAUACCUCACGAACUACGAGGACAGCUAGAGGUGCUGCAGGAGCAUAUUUUGAUGGAAGUUAUCAACGGUACGAACGACACUCGACCCACCGAUCCACUCGUGUUUGUACACAACACUACAGUGAGUGGCCUCAAGUCUGGCACGACGUAUCAUGUGUCUCUCGCCACUGAGACCUACGGUAGCGAAGGCGUCUUUGCCGAAUUCCCACCUCCAGUGCUGGUGAAUACUCAUCUUGGGCCUCCAGUGAUCAUUCCAGAGAAGCUGUCGAUACAUCCGGUGGACGGAUCGAGCUCAGCACUUGCCAUAGACUUCGAAUUGGAUCGCUUUGGAGACGUCCACUACGCGCUGUUCUUCCGUGGUCUUGUACCUGACAGGAGUCUCGAAUUUGAGGCUUCAGUAGAGAGAAUCGAGGACAAAAAGGAGGACACGGGGAACGAGUCGACGCCAAUCUGGCCGCCACCGAUUAGCACGUUUGAUCUGCAGAAGUUGGACGGCUCGAUGCUCAAGAAAGCGGAGCUAGAGGAGCUUGGCGUGGGUGUCUGGGUGAAUGACUCCAUAUCGGUGUCUCGAGACGAUAUAACGCGCGGCAAAAUGACGCACAAGGAGAUCGAUAAAUUGCCAGCUAACGCACUGUUUGACGUGUGUCUUAUGAGUGAGACUGCAGCCAGUGGCGGUAUAUUGGGCUGGCCGUCGGACGGUAGCGCUACUGCGUGCCACAGAGUUGCUACACACGCAGACUACACGAACCAGUCGACGCUGUUGGACGAGAUAUCUGUACACCCUUUAGGCAGUCGAACGGACGGGAUCCGUAUCAAUCUCAACGUCUCGAAGCUGCUGAACGCCCCGCAGACAACUGACGGUACAGGCCUUGAGCGAUUUGGUCGAGCAACCGGCAGAGUGCCCUAUUUUGUGCUGAUCGACGCAAAAUCAAGAUCUGGACGUGACCUGAAGGCGUUUUCUUCUCAUCGAGGUGAAGUUACUAGCGCCUUUAAACACGCUUCUCCUGGACAUGGCGACGGCGUCGUGGCUGCCGGAGUGUUGUCGAAUAUAACGCAUGAGAACGCUACUGCUCUGGUAAUCGAGCAGCAAGUGGUCGGCUUGGAGGCCAAUCACGAGUAUUUGCUCUUCUUCGCGUACGAGACCAGCGGCAGCAACGGCGUCUUCACUCGGAUCAAUCCUCAUAAGCUACGAGGCAACAAUUCGCGCUCCGAGAAUGACGGUAUCCCAGUCACGACGUACGAAUCUGCUCCUCGCAUCCCGAAAGCCAAAGCCAACCCCACGUUUGGUCAAACCUCCAGCAUCACAGUGAAGUUUGACAUCUCGUGCGACUCCUGCGAGCGUGCGCUGGUUCAUCUACUCGUUUAUCCAGACACUUGUAAAACUCCAGAGUCUGUGGCUGAUACGCUGCGUUUGGAUCAAUUUGCUGGCUCAGAGACUAAUGUGAGCAUCGUGAACUCUAGUGAAGUAACUGGAGACUGCAGCACUCCGUUGGUGCAAAAGCGCGUGGCGUUUGCAAUUUCCGAGCGACAACACAACCGGAACGAUCUCGAAGAGGAACUUGGCGACGGAAAUGUGCUCUCAGCCAACACCAGUUACGUGGUUCUGUUAGCGACCGAGACUGUAGGUGCUCACGGCGUGUUGAGUGCGAGAUUCGAGGAACUGCGAGUGCGAACACAUGCCCCAGCACCGAAACUCACAAAAUUUCGACUGGAGCCUCGCGCAGGGUCUACGACGGAGUUGGUGUUAACGCUCGCUCUUGAUCGUCCUGGUGAAGUGCACUACAUGCUUGGAGCUUCAGACAACGCCGAGUUUAACGUCACGUCGCCUCAUAACAUCAGCAGUAAAGGAGUUCCAACCGGUGAUCGUCAUGGACGCAGUCGAGAUGCACACAACUAUCGGCCAGAAAUUGUACGCACACGACGAAGUGUAACGUUGUCGGACGGUGAGUACGUCGAGCUCGUGGACUAUUUGCUGCCCGGUACAAGCUACAGUCUAUUCAUUGUGUCGGAGGCUUUACCGGCAGAUCACGGCGUCUACGGCGUCAUCCACGAGGUGAAGGACGUCUCGACAUUCGCCAACGCGCCGAUUCUGUUGGCGCACGCGGCGUAUCCGACACCGGGGACCACGGAAUCGCUAACUGUGGGCUUUCGCAUGGACGCACCGGGCCUUGUGUACUUCUCCGCUGUUGCAGUGGAACCCUGGAGUCUCACGCAUCAUGUUGCUAAAGGAAGUGACCGGUUCGGCAACCGCUUGGCGCUGCAAGACCGACUUGUAGCGCAGAAGAGCCUGGAAGUCGAUGGAGCGAGUAUGGAGCUCGAAAGCGACAGCGGGUGGCGAGAAAUGAUUCUGCAAGUGCCUCAGACUGGAGUUAACUAUACGGUUCAUCUCGUUACGGAGACGAAGGACAGUGGAGGCAUUUACGGUACUGUGGCCACUCACGCUGGCGUUCGAGCUCAUUCAGAGGCCCCAGAGCUGGUUAAUGUGACGGUUAACCCGACCGACGCUCGUGUGGAUGCGCUUACAGUGAAUGUUACGCUAAGUGAGCAUGGCCACGUGCACUACGUCGCUGUACCUACUGGACGUGGCUCGGAGCCUCCGUCGAACGAUCAAUCAACCGAGCUGAGUGUACGUGCAAGUGGCAGCAUCGACGUUAAUGAGACCGCAGGGAGCCAGGAGACAAGCUUUGUGAUCGAUGGACUCACGGAAGGCACUUCGUAUGAUCUUUACUUCCGUUCGGAGACAUUUGAGAGUUUUGGAGUCUUUGGAUCAUGGACGAAACAGGCUGUGACAGCUCGAACGCACGGUCUGCCGGCUGAUGUUCUACCGGAAGCAGUGGAGUGCAAGGUGACGCCAUCGUGUGAGCAACGCGGACGUGAAGCUUGCUCGCGUAAGGCCAAUAUUUGUGGGAAGUGUCUUGAAGGGUAUGGAGCGGUGGGUGAUGAAGAGAUACCGGAAGCCGAUGAGCCGUGCGUGAAGCUGACACCCACGAAAGCCAAACGAGGCCCGAAGAUCAAAAUUAACAGUGUGACGCGUAACCCAAACUUGCCAGCAGAGAGUGAGAAUGACGAGGACCAUGAACUUGUGCCUCCUGCGCCUACGGAACACGCUGCGCUUGAACAACCAGUUGAUCUCGAUGCGGUAGAGCGUGACUCGAUGCAAGCGAAGGAAGAGCCGGAGGUCAUUCACGAACCCCAACACGAAGAGCCAAUAGCAGAUAAUGUGAUGCAAGAAUCAAAGGAAGAGAUAUCGGAGCUGCUCGAAGCGAUCGAGCAACCUGUCGAACCUCAAGUGCCAGUUUCUACCACGCCAGAUCAACAUGUUGACGUCGGUGUGGCCGAGAUCAUCGCCGAACCAGAACCGAUUCCAGACGCUUACGAGACCUCAGGGUGCCCAUUGAACUCGCAACCAAGUGCCUCUGGCUUGUGCGAGUGCAUAUCCGGAUACGAGGUAGACGAAGGAGGCACCAGUUGUGUCCUCUCUCGUAUGACCACGGUAGCUGAAGCUGCUGCUACGGCCUCAUCAGCUGCCUUUGAUAUUUUCAGCGCUCAUCAUCAGGUUCCUGGCCAAAGCAUGUAA